AUAGUGAGUGGUGCACACUUCCUUCGCCCGGCCACAGAAGACAAAAAAGAGUUGCUGGUGUAACAAUAGGAAGAAUAUAUUCCACUCCUCUCUUGUACACGCGGCUUAUGAGAUGAACGCUCGUCAAGAAGAACGUCCCCUUCAGCAGCAGGAGGAUCCACAGCCCCCCCACAUUAAAGAGGAAGAGGAGGAAGUGUGGAUCAGUCAGGAGGGAGAGUGUCCUGUAGGGCAGGAGGAGGCUGAUGUCAGCAAGUUUCCACUGACUGUUGUCUCUGUGAAGACUGAAGAGCAUGAAGACAAACCACCUGAGUCCUCACAGCUUCAUCACAGUCCAAACGUCUGUGAAGAACAUCUUCUCUCUGAGCAACAGAAGUGGAGCUUCAGGAUGGGCAAGGAGGAGCCACAGCCCUUCCACAUUAAGGAGGAAGAAGAGGCGCCACAUACAUUGCAAAUGCAAAGGGAAGAAAAUAACCCACUGACCCCGCAUUUUAAAGAGGAAGAGGAGGAACACAGCAUCAGUCAAGAAUGGUUGGAGAAGUUCCAUUUGAUUGUGAAGAGUGAAGAUGAUGAGGUGAAAGGUGAAAGUGAGGAGAGGGGAGGGGGGGAGCCUCCAAGCAGCAGCUCAACACAACACAUGACAACAGAAGCUGAUGGAGACCACUGUGGAGGAUCACAAGCAGACAAGCUCUUAGCUCCACUAUCAGAUAGUGAGGACACAACGUCACACUCUCCUGACACUGAUGAUGAAGACUCUAAAGAUGAUAAGACAUGUCACACUGACAACACUCACUUCACAUCUUCUCACUCUCACAAAACUUUUAAAUACCAAAGUCGUCUGAAAAGACACAUGAGAACACACACUGGAGAAAAACCUUUCUCUUGUUCAAUCUGUGGUAAAGGUUUUACAGAAAGUCAACAUUUGAAAGUACACAUGAGAACACACACUGGUGAAAACCCUUUUUCCUGUUCAAUCUGUGGUAAAUGUUUUACACAAAGUCUAUAUUUGAAAGUACACACUAGAACACACACUGGUGAAAAAUCACAUUCCUGUUCAAUCUGCAACAGAAGCUUUUGUUGACGAUCAAAGCUUGUAGCACACAUGAGAACACACACUGGUGAAAAACCUUUUUCCUGUUCAACCUGUGGUAAAGGUUUUACAGAAAGUCAGAAAUUGAAAGUACACAUGAGAACACACAAUGGUGAAAAGCCUUUUUUCUGUUCAACCUGUGGUAAAGGUUUUGCACAAAGUCAGGAUGUGAAAGUACACAUGAGAACACACACUGGUGAAAAAGCUUUUUCCUGUUCAAUCUGUGGUAAAGGUUUUACAAGAAGUACAGAUGUGAAAAGACACAUGAGAACACACACUGGGAAAAAAUCGCAUUCCUGUUCAAUCUGCAACAGAAGCUUUUGUGACCGAUCGACCCUUGUAAGACACAUGAGAAGACACCCAGGAGAGAAAGUGUUGAGUUGCAGUGUGUGUGGUGAAAGAUUGUCUUCUAAGUACCAGUGUAAGAAACACAAGUGUGCUGGUGAGAACAGCAGCAGCAAAUGAAACUGCAGGAUUUGAAAUAAACUGUCCAGACUUUCAUUUUGACUUUCUAACAACAUCAGCACAUCAAUCAAGUACAUGCAUUAAUGUACUUUUAUUAAAUAUUGAACAAAAUAAUUUGACCGAAAAGGUGAGUGUAAACAGUACAAGACAUACUUCACAUACAAAAAACAUUUUAUUUGUAUAUAUAUGCAUAAUAGAAUUUUAGAAUUAUUCAUAAUAGUUUUUUAUAGGCGUUUGAAAUAUUGAAGAAUUACAUUUUUUUUAUUUGUAAUUGUUAAUAACCCCAUAGAUUAUCACCUUUAUAUGAUAUACAUAUGUACUGGUUCACAUCUGAAACAUCUUCUGGACCACUUCAGGAAGCAUAUUAUUAUUUACUUUAUACAUCAUUUAAACAGUUGUCUUUCAUACAAUUUUAAAAUGUGUGACUUUAUGAAUCAUUUGUUGGGUCUCUAUUCAUCCAGUUUAUUAAUGAUCUUUAUUACUGUCUUUUGUAAUAUGAUGAUUGUGUUGUGAUUAUUUUAUAUGUAUGUCCCCAGACCUUUAUGCAAUAUAAAAGUGAGAGAAAAUGGCUGAAUUGUUUGUGGAAGGAUGGUUUUGUUUUUACAAACUUACAUUUGUGGAUAAAACAAAAACUCCUAUUAUUGUGUUUUAAACAUUUUUAUGGUUGUUUUUCUUUUUAACAUCCCCAAAACAAUAUCAAUAUCAAUCAAAGUUUGUCGUUUUGGCAAAA